AUGGUCGACAUGAAUUCAAAUACGCUUGCAACGAAUGAAGAUGUAAAGGACUCACUAUCGAAUUUGGCUGAUGAUUUGGGAUGCAUUCUGUUUGACCAUUUACGACAAGUAGAUGCGGACUUCAAUUUUAUGUUACCUGUCACUGCUCCAUCUGAUCUAGACACUCGACUCAUGUUGAUGCUUGACAGGAGUAUGAUGCCUGAGUCCAACACGGACGAUUCCACACGUGUUAAGAAUGCGUGGGUGACGUUUGCCGCAAUGGCCUCUGCAUACAUCUUCAAAAAUGUUGGUGAAUCGGUUUCCAAACCUCUUCGAAAAUGGCUGGCGAAUGCUGCCAGUGCUGCGAUUCUUGCAGGACUACUUGCAGAAGUUCCCGAGUCGUCGGAUUCAAAUGAACAAACCACUUCUGAUGGAGACGCGCCUGUCGAAAAUGUCUCCACACCUGACAGAGUAGUGGAGAAUCGUCAAGAUGGUGCGUGGUACUAUGGCCGUUGGACCGUUGACAAUGUUGCCAACAGUCGUGAAAUGAUGGAUGUGAUCGAUGUUGGAAUGACAGAUGCAUGUAUUCGAGUGAUGAUUGCUGCUGUUGUUAACUAUUUCCAGGAGAACAGAUUCGCACCGUGUGGGUUGUUGAGAGACAGUUAUGCAAGUGAGAUACUGAGAAGUGACCUAAUGGAUAAGCAUGGAUUAACAGACGAACGUGAUAAAAUUGAAGCGAUGCGUAUCACUGGUUAUUGGGUCUCGAGACUCUAUGUGUUUCAUAUGGCGACGAAGCAUCGUAAUCUGGAACAUACAAUCAGACCCAUAAAUAACGUUGGUCUGGUGCGUCCUCUGAAACUAGAUAUCUGUCAGUAUUUCGAGGACUUGACAGCUAGAUUUAUCCGUACACGAAUCGCGCAUCAGAUUGCCAGUCGAAUGGUCCGAUCUGUGUGUAUAGUGUUUUUCGAAGAUUUGAAUGAGUUGAUUGAGUUGCGGAGGCUGUACCGUCAAAUAUCCAGUGAUCCAUUUCAUUAUCACUCCGACUGUGAAUAUUUGACGAAUUCAUCUCGAUCAUCAGUCACUGACAAGAUAAGUAGUAUAUUUGGUCGAUUGGUCACCUAUUUGAGUGUUUUUGAACCGAAUAGUCAACUGUUUGACUAUCCACAGUUGAAGAUGAAUGGUAAAACUCGAGAACAACACUAUAGUGAUUACAGUAAGAAUUGGAAGAAGAUACUUAAGACGAUUUAUACGGAGUUGUAUAUGCCAAGUGGAAGUCAUUUAUUGGAUGUAGUUAGAAGUAGAUGCAAGAUUGCAGAAAAUAUUCCACGAGAUGAAGAUCGUUUGAGAGAAUGUUGGAAUGAAUAUGGCGUCGAGUUAAAUGCUCAACAGUUGCUCUGGCGAUCUAUAUUUCUAUGUUACACAAUGAUACCAACCAAAGAAAUCAAUACUCAUGAAGCUCAAAGUGGGUGUAGCCAUCAACUUGAGAUUUGUGCAAAUAAUGAUUCAAAGACCAUCAACGUUAAUGAUUUAUAUCGAAUGAUUGGAGGCCUACUCGAGGUAGACGAGAACGGUGUAACGAACAAGCUAACUUCGAAGUCACACCUCGUGAUCAGCACCUCACGUGGAUUGCCUCAUUGACGUAUCAAGGUAUCAUGGAUGCUCUGAAGACUGUACAACACAAAGGACGUUAUUACAGGAAUAUAUUAGUUAAAGUAGAUACAAGCGAGAGUAGAACCACUGCCGCAUGGGCCAGUCCAUGGAGUAUGAUUAACUGAUACGCGUUGAUUGUCCUUGACCUUGACGGGGAUCGAUGAUCUGUUCGAUAUUUAGUGACCCAACUGCUGGAUCAUUUGGCUAGGGUUCAGUGGCAUUCCACUGGCCCUACAUUAUUUUUUGAUGUAUCAAUUUUACCAUAUCUCUUACUGUUUAUAAAUGACAGUUAAAUUUGUCAUGAAUGUAUGAUUUAACUACUUGUGUAGUGAACGAGAACACAGGCGGGCAUAGCCAAGUGUCUUUUAAUACAACAUUACAGUAUAUCAUGGUUAAAUCUGAGAUCCAUAUAGUAAUAGUCAAUUUUCUCAGACUUUGUUGUCCCUUUGUCUCUAUAACAAUCACUUUGUGUUGUCGUUCUCUUCUCUUCGAUUUUCUCAACCCUCUGUCAUCAGGCAUUCCAUCUCCUAUACGUACUACUUAUAUCUGACGACAUCAGUAGUACACAUUACACUUAUCAAAGGUAUCUCUAUUUAUUCAUUGUAAAACUUUAUAUUUACAAUAUGUAAUCACAUUCGUCAAGAGUCGUAAUAUUGAAAUGUAAAUGGUCUAUUAUUAAACGUGUUAAAGAUAGGGGGGCUUUACUAUAUUUUUUUCCUCAUUAGAUAGGAAGGGAAUAUAUCAAUGAUCUUUAAAGACAGAGUGACAAGUUCCUUUUUUUCUUUUUUGUCAAUACUUGAAAACGAGAUCAUUAACAUUGCAAAAAACAAUCAAACGUUUUCUUGUUUGUAUCCAGGUUACUUUUAAUGAAAUCUGAAUAUUUUUUGUUUAUUGAGUCAUUAUUAAGGAAUUUUGAUUCCAAAUGAAAUAACUUCGGUAUCUAUGUGGAUUUGAAUGAAACAAACAAACAAAAAAUUAGAAUAGAGUCACAUUGUAAUCAAUCGAUUGAUUAUCCAACAUGAUCAAUUAUGAUCAAAUAGUUUUGAGUCUGUGUUAUAGUUGUGAAUAUGUACUAUUGUUUCAUUUUGUUUUGUUGCACCUACAGGAUUUUGCAGGACUGAUAAAGUUUCACUUAAUUCUACAUUCGCGGCUUCAUUUACAAAUUGUUCUGUUACUUUAUCCGCCUUUGUUACCACAAUUUCAUAUACAUUUAAUAAGAUGUAGUCUCUCGGUGAGCUUAAUAAUUCGUUAGUUGCACAUUCUGUAUUUAGACCCAUCGUAGGUUAUGUUUAUGAAACGCCAAUUACUGAACCAUUAGGAAGAUCAUGUAUGACUACUACUGUAUUGUUUAACUUACCGUUUGCCAACUGUUCAUAUAGCCCUUGACUGACACGUUUACUCAUUCUGCACAGAUUUUCCACUUCUGCACGAAAUUUAGAUAUUGCUUUAUUCUCAUUGGGACUAGUAGAUGUUUGCAUUCUAUGUGAAGGUAUAUUGCAAUUUAACUGAACGAUUUGCUGAAGUAAGGUUCACUAGGUUGAAUGACCCACACACUUUGUUCGAAUAAGUAAGGUAAUUGUCAUCAGUUUUUUUGGGUAUCUGUAAACAAUUAUAACGAAUGGUGAGAUUUGAUAGCUGGUCAUCAUAUACUUCCGAAAACAUUGAACAGUUUGUGCAUAUCGACCAUAAUUAACAUAUUUGUUGAGAUGAAAUUGGCAUACUUGUUAUCGUUAAUUGAUCUCAGCUUUCUGAGGUGAGCAUGAGCUUUUAAAAAGUGUCUGGUCAAGCCAAUUGAAUGUUAAGUAAGUCUUCAUUUCUGCCAUUGCAGGCAGAGAGCUUUGAUCUGAAUUUCAGACAGAAGUCAGACUUGUGGAAUAAUAUGAAUUCUCUGACUGUGUAAACUGUUUCAUUCCUGGGCAUUCUGGUUCUGGGUCUGUUUCCGAAUCACUUGGUAUGUCAAUUGAUUCAUCAUAGCAUGAACUAGAAAUUCUACGUGAUAUAUAUAUAUAUAUAUAUA